CCCUAAUUGAAGCGCGAUCAUCGUUUUCUUGACUUUGCCAGUUAACCCGUUACCAGAGUAAAUUCAGUAAAUAGUUCAACUGAAAUUGUUACUAUCGCAUCAAAAUGAAUCGUUGUUGUACCUCCGAGUAAAGCUAGCAGGUCUACGCCUCUUUUUUUACUGUGUCCAAAGUCAUUUGUAGGAUUUCCUUCACACAGUUUAAGCCGUAGUAGGUCAUGUAAACUAAGUACGUGGCUAGCUAGUUACAGUGAGUUAGAAAGCAAGGUGCUAGAUACUUCAGACGACUGCUAUCCAUCGCUACCGCUACAAGACUAUUGUCUGCCCACCCGGCUACUGAUCCUUUCAAUGGCCGCUACAAGAAAACGAACGCGAUCAGGCAUCGAAGAUGUGAGAGACAGAAAAGCAAAGGUUAUUAAAGACAGCGGUGAGAAGAGACACAUCGCAGCCCUGAUCCUGGCGAGGGGAGGCAGUAAGGGGAUCCCCCUGAAGAAUAUCAAAAUGCUCGCCGGUGUCCCCCUCAUCGGAUGGGUUCUGAGAGCUGCAGUGGACUCCAAACAGUUUGACAGUGUGUGGGUAUCAACUGACCAUGAUGACAUUGAGAAGGUAGCCAAGGCAUGGGGAGCUCAGGUUCACCGCAGGAGCCCAGAGGUGUCCAAAGACUCCUCCAGCUCUCUUGACACCAUCCAGGAAUUCGCCCGAUUAAACCCAGAGGUGGAGGUGAUCUGUCACAUCCAGGCCUCACAGGAGACUUGUGUCCUCACAGGAGGUGAAGAAAGGAGGUACAGGACAGCCACCUCACAGGAGGUGAAGAAAGGAGGUAGUGUAGCCACCCAGCCUCUGAAUUUAGACCCGUGUAACAGGCCCCGGAGACAGGACUGGGAUGGAGAGCUGUGUGAGAACGGAUCUUUCUACAUUUAUACCAGAGCGACGAUAGAGAGAGGCCUGCAGGGGGGGAAGUGGGCUUACUAUGAGAUGCUGCCAGAGUACAGUGUGGAUAUUGAUGUGGAUAUCGACUGGCCCGUGGCAGAACAGAGAGUACUGAGGUUUGGUUACUUUGGCCUGGACAAGCCUGAGGUGGUGCGUCUGCUGCUGUGUAACGUCUCCGGCUGUCUGACUGACGGCCGCGUCCUCAUCUCUGUCUCUGGAGAGGAGAUGGUCUCAGUCAACACCAGAGAUACUAUGGGUAUCCGCAUGCUGCAGAGAGAGGGAGUGGAGGUGAUCCUGAUCUCAUCCAGUGAGGACCCUGUGACCAAGGCCCUGGCUGACAAUCUAUCCCAGAGGACAGGCUGCGAGGUCAGGCAGCUGGGCAAGGACAUCCAGGGUGAGGUCAUAGCCAUGAUGGACAACAGGGAUCUGGACUGGAAGGAGGUCGCCUAUAUGGGUAAUGAGGCACCCGAUGUUGACUGUCUGAACCUGGCUGGGCUGAGUGCAGUACCCCGGGAUGCCCCAGUGGUGGCGAUCAACGCUGCUAAAUACUCCUGCCACAGUGCUGCAGGCCUGGGGGCUGUGAGGGAGUUUUCUGAACACAUCCUGCUGCUCAAGAAGAAGGCCAAGUCUCAGAUGGAACAGGACCGCAUCCACAGAAAUACAUUCUAAACUCUAGAAUGUGUUCUAAAGUCACAGAAAUACAUUCUAAACUCUAGAAUGUGUUCUAAAGUCACAGAAAUACAUUCUAAACUCCAGAUUGUGUUCUAAAGUCACAGAAAUACAUUCUAAACUCCAGAUUGUGUUCUAAAGUCACAUAAAUACAUUCUAAACUCCAGAUUGUGUUCUAAAGUCACAUAAAUACAUUCUAAACUCCAGAUUGUGUUCUAAAGUCACAUAAAUACAUUCUAAACUCCAGAUUGUGUUCUAAAGUCACAUAAAUACAUUCUAAACUCCAGAUUGUGUUCUAAAGUCACAUAAAUACAUUCUAAACUCCAGAUUGUGUUCUAAAGUCACAGAAAUACAUUCUAAACUCCAGAUUGUGUUCUAAAGCGGACAUGGGUCAAACCUUUUGGCUUGAGGGCCGAACAGAUUUUUUGGGGACUGAUUUGUUUGUCGAAAUCAAUUUCUGGGCCAGGAAACUAAAAAUAUCUAGUUUUAGACAUUCAUGAACUGGAGUGUUUUUUUUUUACCCAGAAUAAUAAUUUCCCGCCAAAAAACACUCAUUCUAAACUUCACAUGUAAACUGGAAGAGUUGCAUUCUCAAUUGCAUACUCCUCGCACCCACUCUCCCCGUCUCCUUCUCUUCCCUCUGACCUUCUCCUUCAAUGGUUUUUGAGAAUGAGACGAGGACUUGAGGAAUAUGCAAUUGAGAAUAUCCCCUUGUCAUUCAUUGUCAUGUAAAAAAAGGAGUUGACAAGAGAGCAGUAACAGACUGACACUCAGGAUAUUGUAUUCUAAACUGCAUUCUUAUCAAUCAGACAAAGUGACAAUAAAGCUUAUCAUCUCUACUUUCUCUGGAGUUCUAGAAAGAAGUAUAUUUACUCACUUUCAUGUACUUGGCUCAGGCUGAAAUGGCAUUUACAGGUUGUGUCACGUUCUGACCCUAGUUCUUUUGUUAUGUCUUUGUUUUAGUUGGGUGGGUUGUCUAUGUUCUUUUUUCUAUGAUUUGGUAUUUCUGUGUUUGGCCUGGUAUGGUUCUCAAUCAGAGGCAGCUGUCCAUCGUUGUCCCUGAUUGAGAACCAUACUUAGGUAGCCUGUUUUCCAUUGUGUUUUGUGGAUGGUUGUAUCCUGUGUUAGUGUUUUCACCAUACGGGACUGUUUCGGUUGUUUGUUGGUACUGUUGUUAUUUUGUUCAGUUGAUGUAUUAAAUAUAUCAUUAUGAACAGUUA